AUGAGCCAUGAACAAGGUCUAGAUUUUAUUCAAGAAGCAUUAUGUCAGUUAUCCCAAAAUAUUAAAAAAUGGGUCAAAAAUCCAAAUGGACCAAGCAACAUUCAUAAUUUAUUCCAAUUACUCUCCAAAAAUUUUCUUAAUAUUUUCGAUCAAUCCCAAGAGGAGUGCACUCAAGCUAUAUCACAAAUCACCCAAACUUUAGCAAACCUUAAACAAGAAAAUUCAAAAGUUCUAAUUAGAGAUAUUCCAAUUCAGAAAAUUUCAGAUUUUUUCCACAAAUACGAGGCCAAUCAUAAAACUUACAUCAAUGAAAUGAAUGAAAUCAAAUUUAUUCAAAAUAUUGUAAGUAAAAAUGAAACGUUAGACAGGAUUUUUUCUCGAAUAAUUUUGGCCAUGGAUAAUCCUCCUAAUCAUCAAAUUCAACGCCAAUACAUCUUAAAUGUAGAAGGAUGCUUACAGUUAAGUUCGACCUUUAAUGAAUUACAAAAUAUCUACUUCAAUUUACCUUAUAUUUUCAAAGAUGGAUAUCGUCGUUAUCAGAAAGAUGGAUUCUACAAUUUAGUUAUUCAUCAAAGUAAGUCGAAAGCAAAAUCAUGGCAGUCCAUAUUAAAACCUAUAUAUCAAUUAGUAUUAAAAAUUGAUAUAAAAUCAUAUGAAAAAUUAGGGAAAAAUUACGUUCGAAUUAAAAGAAAAAUUAAAAAAAUAAUAGAGAAUCUUUCCGAUAUUAUCAAUAAGCACACAAAUAAAAACGCUGACACACACAAAGAGAUAAAUCCAUUGAUUGAUAAUCUGAAAAAAUUAAUAGAUGCAAUUGAUGGCAUUGGUAUCAAUUCAAUAAUUGAAAACAAUUCUACAUUGCAUGAAAAUAUUGAUAAAAACCAAAAAGAAAUUGAUGGAUUAAAAAGUCAAAAUAAAAAGAAGAAGAAGGAAUUAAAUCAAAUGAAAGAACAACAAUUAAACGAAUUAUUUGAAACAACAAAAUGGAUGAAAGAAAAACAUAAAAAUAUAAUAAUCGAUCUGUACAAUUUUAGAGAUCAACUUAUUAAUAUCAAAGUUAGUACUAUCCAAACAUUAGCAGAAAAUUUAAACAAAAGCAUUGAAUACCUUCAAGAUUUCAAUAACUCGACCACCAGUUUUAUUAAGAGAUUCGCAACUAUUGUUUUUCUUUACUUAAUUAACUCAGAAAGGAAUAAAAUGCAAGAAGCUAUUGAUGGUCUGAAAUACACUUUAACAUAUUUAUUUUCUAAUACUGAUGAAUUAAACAAUGUUAUUUAUUGCGCAAUGAAUGCAUCAACGUUAAUUUUAUCUGCAGAAACAGCAAGAACAAUUAAAUCAUACGCUUCUGCACUAUUUUUCUUCUUUAUACUAAGUGAGUGCCCUGAUGAUGCAAAUAUAUAUUAUGAUCUCACGGAAUACGAAUCACUGGCAUUUAUGAGAGAUGGUGGAACUGGUUUAUCAAAAAUUUUAUCCCCUAUAAUGAUCAAAGAAGAUUAUGAAAAGAUAUAUGAAUCAAAUAUUCAGAUAAAAUAA